GCUUUAAAGUUUGGUUAGAAUCACCCUGGAAGCUAGGCGGUAUCAAAAGUUGUUCAUUUGAAUUACUUAGAAUAGCUUGCUGCAACAGCUCCCCUAACAAUGUUAAGAACAGAAGCUCCGCUGAUUCUCAUGUCCUGCCACUCCCUUUCUGCUGCUAAAGGAUCCAUCUGUUGUACACGAACUCUGGAGAACGUUUGCGGCUACAGGACUGUGUCCCAAGCGAAGAAUUCUCCUUUCUUCUCCCGUAGCAUUUACAUUUAAUCAGGUUAGAUUUUUAUCAUUGGUCUGAUGAUAACGUUUGACAAAAAAAAAGCACAAUUAGAAGAAAUCUGUAAGGAGGGAAUAAUGUUUUACUGAAUGUAUACUACCCUUCUGUGUAGUGUCAUCCGGUGAUAUGGUUAAAAAGUGCCUCAAACUAUAGAAGAUGGCUUUGAAUUGAAGAAUGUGUGAGUAGUAAAAAACAACAGUAGGUCAUUAAAGCAUACUAUAAGUGUUGGGUUGUGACCCUCUUUCCAUUUAGUGUUCUGCUAAGAGCCUCAUGGAUUGGACUGGGUUGUUUAUUAUGUAACCUCUGUGGAGGCAGUGUUCCUGUCGGGCCGGUGGGGGGAGCUGCAGAGCCUUACGAUGUAUCAUCCCCGCUCCAGCUGACCCGCAUUCACCAGCACUAUACAUGUACGGGACAGGACCGACCGUAGCGAACUUGUCAACACCGUGGAGUGUCCUCCUUCCACGCAUACCUUGACCGUGAGAUUUUUACAGUCCCGGGAGGGCCGAACGCUGCCGUCAUCCUGUUUUCGCUCUUGACUUCGUGUUGAAAGAGGAAACAGUCUCCCCCAGUCAGGGGAACCGGCUGACACAUGUACUUGUGUCCCGGUUCUUUCAUUUGCCGCUCAUUGUGACGUGUUACACGCUGACCUUGUUGGAGGUGUUUUUCUAUCCGGAGUGGAUUACAGCACUACAAACUGACACGGAGAGGGCUGCCCCACUGUCGCGGCGGUGCAAGUUCCUGUACACCCAUUCCUCUGGCUAGCUUUUGAAAAGGCUGUCGGCGAAUGCUGAGCCGGUCGACCUGUUUGAGGUACGCCUCUUGGUCCUGUGAUUGGUCGCUGGAUGAACAGCAGCAAUGUUCGACAAGCACGAGAGCAACUCAUCAGAGAGCGAUGAGAAAGGGUGGCCAGAUGUGCCAAAGAGAAAGAGGAAAAACAGCCAGUGCUCUGUGAAGAGCAUGUCUGCUCUUAGUGUCUCUGUUCCAGGGUAUAUCCCCAGCUACCUGGAGAAAGACGAGCCUUGCGUGGUAUGUGGAGACAAGGCCACUGGCUACCACUACCGCUGUAUAACUUGUGAAGGCUGCAAGGGUUUCUUUCGCAGGACAAUCCAGAAAAAUCUUCAUCCUUCUUACACCUGUAAAUAUGAUGGCUGCUGCAUCAUUGACAAGAUCACACGCAACCAGUGCCAGCUAUGCAGAUUCAAGAAGUGCAUCUCUGUGGGCAUGGCCAUGGACUUGGUGCUCGAUGACAGCAAGCGUGUGGCUAAGCGACGCCUCAUCGAAGAGAACCGAGAGCGGAGGAAGAAAGAAGAGAUGGUACGGACGCUGCAGAUGAGGCCGGAGCCAGAUAGCGCAGAAUGGGAGCUGAUUAGGAUAGCGACAGAGGCCCACCGCCAAACCAACGCCCAGGGUUCCAGCUGGAAACGGAAGCGCAAGUUUCUGUCAGACGACAUCGGCCAUGGUCCAAUGGUGCCCACUUCAGAUGGAGAUAAAGUCGAUCUUGAGGUCUUCAGCGAGUUCACCAAGAUCAUGACCCCUGCUAUCACCCGUGUUGUUGACUUUGCCAAGAAAUUGCCCAUGUUUUCAGAGCUGCCUUGUGAAGACCAGAUUAUCUUGCUGAAGGGGUGCUGCAUGGAGAUUAUGUCCCUGCGCGCUGCUGUGCGCUACGACCCCGAAAGCGAAACGCUGACGCUCAGUGGUGAGAUGGCUGUGAAACGUGAACACCUGAAGAAUGGUGGUCUGGGGGUUAUUUCAGAUGCUAUAUUUGAUUUGGGCAAAAGCCUGGCACAGUUCAACUUGGAUGAUUCCGAAGUGGCACUGAUGCAAGUUGUGCUACUCAUGAGUUCAGAUCGGUCAGGGCUAACAAGCUUGGAGAAGAUCGAGCGGUCCCAGGAGGCCUACCUGCUGGCGUUUGAGCACUACAUAAACUACCGUAAGCACAACAUUCCCCACUUUUGGCCAAAGCUCUUGAUGAAGGUGACGGACCUGCGUAUGAUUGCUGCCUGCCACGCCAGUCGCUUCCUCCACAUGAAGGUCGAGUGUCCAAACGAACUCUUCCCACCGCUUUUCCUGGAAGUCUUUGAGGACCAGGCAGUGUGACUUUGCACCCUGCACUAAACAUACGCAUUUUGGCAGUAAAGGAAGCAUUGGCGACAGAUGAACGUAUUAGGAAAAACUGGAUUUUGUUUUCAUUUGUGAGAACGUGCCCUGUACAUUUUUUGUUUGCCCAUUUGUUGUCAAACACGAGACUUACCUUCUGCCACCAGCAAGUUCUCAUCAGCAUCAUGAAACAGAAACACAGGCAUUUUAAACUCUGCUUUCUGCUUUUGACAGGUGUGCACAUACACAUCUACAGGUGACAGUUUUAAAACACUUUGCCAUAAAGGUACAUCUAUAUGCAAAUCCAAUUGCAUCUGUAAGGAGGGCUGGACUGUUCCCAAACCAAAUGCAAACUGAGGGGCUUUGCUAGCUGCGCACCUGCCUGUAACACACAGGUGUCUUUGAGUUUUUUUGGGGUUUUUUUCGUGUGUGUCCGGGACCUGACAGCUGACACCUCUGACAAUCCCUAUCCCCAUCCUGCUUCACCCCCAUCUCCCUAGCAUCUCCAACAACAAAAGCUUCCACUUUCUGCGCUCUUUUCAAUCCACUGUGGCCCUGAGAGUGUUCGUCGACCUACCUCCGUCACACAAACCUUCACGCAGAGAAACACACUCACAGAAUGUACGUGCACUAAACACACCCCAACACUGUUACCUCAUUUCUUGUCAAAUGUUUUUCUUUAUUUAUAUUUGGGGGCAGAUUUAGUUCAAUUAGAGAAUAUAUUGCCAUGCACCCCUCUGUUACCCAUAUAUGUUAUGCAGCUGCUGGGAGAAAAUUCAGUGGAACAACUGUGUAUAAAACACUAAUGUACAAAGCAUGAUUUAAACUGCAAGUCUUAUAGCUGAGGACUCUAUACCAUUCAUCAUGCAAUGCAAGAUGUCAUGAACAUCAAAGUGCAUUCUGUAAGCACUAAACAGUGAUCAUUUUUGGAAUCAAGAUUUGUGUCAAUCUAGUCAAAUCAAGCUAAUUAAAUAUCAAACAAAACACCUUCAGGAGCCUCAGUGAAGCAAAAAGGAAAUACAUAUGCAGAGAAAUCGCUUGUCUACCCUGAUGAAGAUGUGUGAAAAGCUUUAAAACAAAUUAAAAUAAAUUUGUAUUGCAUUGUGCUGAUGAAUAUUGAUUAUACAUCAGCAUAAUAGCACACUAAACAAAUGCCACUUCUUAAUUUGAGUACAUUAUUUCAAUGGGAAAGCAAUCCCUUUGAAACUAAUGUAACUGUUUUUUUAUCGUACACUUUAUAGCUUUAUACGAACUGUUGGGGACUAUCCAGAUGCCAGCUGGAUGGUGUUUUGGUAUGAUGCAAACAUGUGGAGUUUGCUGAGCUGCAUUGUGACUGUACUUGAACCAUUAAGUUUAGUCUGAUGAAGAUAAGCUUGAACUUUUCAGCUCCAAUUCUUCCAGUGGGUUUGGCAUUUAACAAAAAGGUGACUGUGCUUCAUGUCACCUGUAAAGUACGGCUGAAGAUCUCCGAUGCUUUGGGACCCUUUCUACACAUCUUUAGCAGGGUUGCCAAAAAGAUUUGUUUACAUCAACAUAUUUCCAAAGGUAAAAUUUAGGAUUCCCAAGCAAAUUAUCAGAAUCAAUGUGCAGACUAUUAGUGUUAAAAAUUAAUGAUCUAUCUUUUUUUUUUUUUUUUUACCUUUUUUUCCUGUCCUUUUUUCUGUAAGUUUCAUUGUGACAUUUACAUCUUGCGUGGAACUUUUGUAGGUAUCUUUUUUUUUAAUUUCUCUCCCAUUCAUGUUUUUAUUUGAUAUUUAAGAGGCUUUGCUAGAUUUUAUAGGCACAAAUCUCAUUCCAUUAUGUAUGGCUACCGACAGCAACGUAUACAUUUAUUUUAACAAUAUGUGUUAUUUGCCUUACUUUAAAACAUAGCACAGUACACAGAAAAUGUUUUUAAAUUAUUAAAAUACUAUAAGGUAGUUGAAAAAAGUGUACACCUAUACCUGUGCAGGCCAUAGCCAACAGCUGGUUAGAGUGUAGUGAAUUUUUUAACCAGAUUAGUAUACUGUUCCAAGCCCCUCUGGGAAGUUUUGUUGUUUUUUUUCAAGAAGCAGAUAGUCGAGAAUUUAUCCAGUUUUAGGACCAACCUUUGGCUUCUAAAUAAGUAUUUAAGCUUCACUAAUUUGCUAUCUGGUAGCUAAGGUUAGUUGUAAAAGUUAAUAUCUAGCUUUAAAGAGAUGAAAGGUCACCCACUUUUAUAUGAAGAAGCAUGAAUUAGUUGUAGAAGUUGAUCAAACACUUUUUUUUCUUUGGCAGACAAGAAUAAGCUACUAGAUCAAGAAUUACUAGAUCAAAUCAUAGAUGGAUGGGUCGCUGUUUGCUAUCAAGUCAUUUUCCUUCUGAAAGCCCAGUUCACCCAUUACAUUUUUGUUGGCAUUGUGGUCUAUUCAUUUAUAAGUCAAUAUGUUUACAGAAAGCACUUUUGUAUUCAUAACAUCUAACAAAUCUUAUACUAUUUACAGCCUAGGCAGUGUCUUCAUAUAUAGGUGCAUCUCAGAAAUGCAACAUUUCGUGAAAAGGUUACAUAUGUUUCAUUCAUUUUAGAAAGUGAAACUCAUAUAUAGAUUUAUUACACAUGAAGUAAAAUAUUUCAAGCCAUUAUUUUUUUAUUAACAUGGCAUGGAGGAGAGCAGCCUGUGGUCCUGCUGAAGUGUUCAGAAAGCCCAGGUUGCUUUGAUAGUGGCCUUCAGGUCAUCUGUGUUGUUGGUUCUGGUGUCUCUCAUCUUCCUCUUGACAGAACUCCAUAGAUUCUCUCUGAGGGUCUGGUCAGGUCAGGUUGCUGGUCAUUCAGUCUCAGUAACACCAUCAUCACUGAACCAGCUUUUGGCACAUUAGGGAAAGUGGGCUGGAAAAUGAAAUUAGCAGCUUCAUAAAUCCUGCCAGCAGAAGAAGGUUGAGUGUUCUUAAAUGUCCUGGUAGAUGGCUGUGAUGACUGUGAACUUUAGAAAACCAGUAGACCAGCAGAUGACAUGGAACCCCAAAUCAUCACUGACUGUGGAAACUUCACACUGGACUUCAAGCAACAUGGAUUCUGUGCCUCUCCACUUUUCAUCCAGACUCUGGGACCUUGAUUUCUAAAUAAAAUGCAAGCUUUACUUUCAUCUGAAAAGUCUUCUGUCCAAUACUUGUGAAGCUCCCUCAAAUUCUUGAAUGGAUUUUGCUUGACAAUCCUCUUAAGGCUGUGGUUUUCUCUGUUGCUGGUGCACCUUUUUUACCACACCUUUUCCUUCCACUCAACUUUCUAUGAAUAUGCUUGUAUACGGCACUCAGCUUUUUUUUAACAAUGACCUUUUGUUGCUUGACCUCCCUAGCAGAGAUUGCUAAAGUCUUCUGGACAAAUCUGUCCCGUCAGCGGUCUUCUCUAUGAUGGUGUAGGCCAUAAUAUGGCCAUUACAUAACAUUUACACAUUAUAAAUGUUGGUUUUUUUUUCUUAAAUUGGUGUUAUGUAAUAUUCAAAUUUUCUGAGACACUGAUUUUUGGGUUUUCAUUCUCUUUAACCUGUACUCAUCAAACUUACACAACGUAAAGGCUUGAAAUAUGUCACCCUAUCUGUAAUGAAUCUUUACACUCUCUGAUUUUCACUCUGAAAUGAGUGACAAAACAUUUUUUUUCACAAUGUUCUAAUUUGUUGAAAUGUACCUAUAUGUAUUUGUAGCUAGAAUACCUCACCCAACACAUACCUCCUUUUUCAUUACCUCAUAGACACACAUUCAAUUUUCAGAUGUAUUUACUGUUUUUUUAUUGGUUUCUUUUAAUAGUUUCAGAUAAGCUCUGGGAUGCACACACUAGCUGCGUCAGUGUGUUCUCCUCUGAAAUUCUUUCCCAUUUUCUGCCUGGCAGUUUCCUUCCUUUAUCUCACUUUACAUCAUGUUGUGAUAGGCACACAGGGCACAUCCUUUUGGGUGGUAGGUAGGUAAUGGUUGCCCACCUUCCCUACUCCAACCUCCACCUGCAACUGCCUGAAUCCCAACAGACUCUACCUCACCUCUCGUCUCCAUGAAGCUGCCCUCAGAAUGCAACACAAGCACAUCUGCGCACUCAGAUACGCAAAUGCAUAAAUAUGCUAUAUAUCCCCACAGUAAACAAACAAAUUAGCAGCAUUGAACUACUGUGAGUGUGCUGUUCCACCAAUAACAUCCGCUUGUUCCUAUUUAACGUGGAUUAACCGCUAACAUCUGUCAAGGCAAAAUCUGUCAUUUUCAACCCUUGUUCAUUUUCUGACUAUGUGGGACCAAGAGAUACUCUGAGUUCAGUUUUUAUUUCAGAACCUGAACAGACAGCGGGUUACGGGUGGAUGAGUGACAUUACAAAGUGCUGCCCGAAUUUCAGAGAAGAGAACUUUAUGGGGACGGCGACAGCUUUGAGAUUCCAGAUAAAGUCAGCAGUGUUCACUUGUGGGUAUUGCUUUAGCCGUUGGAGGGAAGAGCAACCCAUGAGAUUGCUGGGAAACGCCAUGUCUUGAGAUUGUCACUCCGUAUUAAUGGGCUAAAUACUUCUCCAGGAGAAAUGGGCAUGCUAAUCAAAGGACUGGUCCUGGAAACCUCCAGGGAGAAAUACACUCUGCUGUAAAGACACCUACCAACCAUAUCCCCAACUGCCAUCCACUGAAAAAAGAAUUAUCAGGUUCUUUCUUUGCACUAAAACCACAAUGUCUGUAUCCUUAACUGUACUGGACACUUCUCUAUGUCUCUUCCUCUGCUUUAUUCAUCUCAUGUCUUGAUUACCAGCUCCAAACCAUAAGAAUUUAGAGCAGAACCUUUAGGUGCCACCACUCUUAGUGUUAUGUUGUGGGUUAUUUAGGACACAAAUGCACAGAUGCAAAAGGAACUAUAUGGAUCCACACCCGCCUUGUCAAUACCACUGUGAACAAAAGCCCUGAUGAACCAGACUACACAGAGACAACUGCCGGUUCAUUCACCCAGAUAUGUUCAUGCGCCUCUCAAGAGUGUAUCUUUAAAUUUUGUAGUGUCUUGCAGAAAUAUUAAUACCUCUUGAGCUUUUUCCACAUUUCAUUGCAUUACAACCACAAAUAUCAAUGUAUUAGAUUGGGAUUUCAUGCGACCAUCACUAAGUUACAUAGAAUUAUGAGGUGUAAGGUUAAGGAGACGUAGGUUUCAAUUUUUUUAUGCAAAUCUGAAACGUUUAGCUGUCUCAUCUCUUUGGCACCACUAUAUAAAGUCCAAUGCAAACAGUUACCAGAAUAUCAGAAGUCAUCUCGUUAAUAAGUACAUUAGUGUGUAAUUUAGUCUUAGUGCACAGACCAUGUAGGAAGAAAAUGCUGCGGUCAGAUGAGAUCAACUUCUCUGGACCUUAUUCACACUCGACAUCACCGUGAACACACUGCCCACAGUGAAACAUGGUGAUGGUAGCAUCAUCCUGUGGGAAUGCAAUGCUUCAGCAGACAAAUGUUUACAAGUAAAAGUGUUUAGAACAGAUACUAGUUAUCCACUGUUAUGUGUUGGUAUGUCACAGAAUUGAAAAGUCACCCCUAACUUUCUUCCUUUUCCUGCUAAAGAAAAACAUCCCCAGAUCAUGAUGCUGCCACCACCAUUAUUUACAAUGGGGCUGUUUUUUAUCAUUCAGAGUUCUACACUAUUUUUGUUGGUGUGUUACAUUAACUCACAAUAAAAUACAUUGAGGUUUUUGGUUGUAAUUUGUCAAAAUAAGAGAGUUGAAAAAGUAUGAAUGCUUUUGCAAUGGACUACAUGUACUAUACCAGUACAUAUAUGUAAAUAUUUAAAGAUAUAUAUAUUUUUAUGCAGUCAACCCCGUUCAGAUCAUGUGACACCAUGUGACAGAGGCUGCCAUCCCAUUUGGAUGAAUAUCUGCAACAUUUUUGAAAGUGUUUUCAGUUGACAUGAAGAUUCUUGUUUGACUCGUGGUGAUUACCAAGUAACCUUCUUAGUUCAGUGAUAUUUGUGCAUGCCUUCAGAUUUUCCCUUUUUUUCUCCUGUUCCUUGUUUUCUGUGACUGAGGGUCAGCUUCCCCGUCGGUGAUGUAGAUCUAAGCUGGCAGCACAGCCUCUCUGUAUCUCCUUCUCUGCCUAAUGUUCAGUGGAGAAGUCCUCUCCCUGUCAUCAUAAAGAAACCACACCAGCACCUCAGGGCACUUUGCCUCCGGCUGAAAGGGGGCCGCACCAGCGCUGAGCAGAGACGGCAGCCAUCCUCUAAAAAAGAAAAGGGUGUCUAAUGGGGGUUUUGCUGCUUCAACAAGCUUCAGACACUUUUGCUGUUUAAAAUCUGAUCUCUUUAAGGGUAACACAUUCAGUUUGGCACCUUUUAUAUGAAGAAUAGUUUAUCAGUUUAAUUCUUAAAUGUGACUAGAACCUUUGGUUUGCUCUAAAUGUUUGGAGUGGUUCUUGUUGCUGCCUCUUUGGGUCAGUUUAUCAAUUACAGACUUCACCUGCAAAAGCCAGCUUUGUUUUAAUUUGAAAGAAAAUGAUAACAGCCCAGGGUAAUUUUUCAACCUUUGAAACAAAACUGCAGAAUAAAUCAAACAGUUUCUGUUUUGUUUUUUUUCCACUUUCUAAUGGCAGGAUUGUGAUUUCACUGUCUCUCUUCUCUCUUUCUCUCAUGUUUACUGUAGCCUAAAAUGUGAAUUUGAUCCUAAUCUCUGCCGUUGCGCAAAACUGUAACGACUAAAUGUUCUCUUCUGACUUACCCAAGGAAAACAGUUCCUUCUGUCUUUCCAUCUGUCCUGCACCGUCCUUUUGUUCUCUCCCUUCUUCUGCCUGUUCUGCAUCCAGAAGCCCACCCAGCUCCCACAAGCACUCAAUAGUGGAGUAAAAUGACAAUCCAUGCAGGAGUGUGUCUCUAUGUGGAAUGUAAAAUACUGCAAUUAUGUGAUUAAAGAUGCAUUGUAAAAGA